GACUGCCAAAACGACGAAAAAAAUAAAAAAUAUGCAAAUCAACCCAUCUGCAAAAAAUAUAUAUUUUAAAAAAAAAAAAAAAAUUAUUAACAAGUCAGCCAAUUUUUAUGCAUAAAAAAAAAAAAGAGCUAUUUUAUUUUUUCCCAUUUAGAAGAGAGAGUAAGAGAAAGCUCAUUUUUUUUUUUUUUUAUAUUAAAGCCGUGACAAUUUUAUCCAAAAGAAUACAAAAGAUGAAGCUGAACAUCUCGAACCCCCUGAACAACGUUCAGAAGAGCAUCGAAAUCGACGACGAAAAGAAGCUGCUGCCCUUCAUGGAGAAGCGCAUAGGGAACGUCGUCCCCGGGGAUUCCAUAGGCGAGGAAUUCCUAGGAUACGUGUUUAGGAUAACCGGAGGAAAUGACAAGCAGGGAUUUCCAAUGAUGCAGGGAGUGCUAACCAACAACCGUGUGAGGUUAUUAUUUAAAAAAGGAAUGAAAUGUUAUAGGCCAAGAAAAAAGGGAGAAAAAAGACGAAAGUCCGUAAGAGGAUGUAUAGUAGGCCAAGAUUUGUCUGCACUAAACCUAACCCUAGUUAAGAAAGGCACAAAUGAAAUCCCAGGAUUGACCGACAAAGCUGUGGGAAAAAAACUGGGACCAAAAAGAGCCACAAAAAUUAGAAAGCUCUUCAAUUUGGACAAAACGGAUGAUGUGAGAAAGUAUGUAAUAGGAAGAGCCAUUUCGAAAAAUGGAAAAAAUAGAUUUAUCAAGCCAAAGAUACAAAGACUCGUUACGGAAAAGAGACUCCUACGUAAGAGAACACUCAUUGCGAAGAAGGAAAAGAGAAGAUUAGAAAAGAAAAAAGUAAUUAAGGAAUAUAAAAAGGUGCUAAACAAAUACAGAAAUGAGCUGCUGACCAAGACGGAUGAAGAUGCCGGAAAAAAGAAAAAAGUCAAAAAAUCCCUUUCGAAAGAUAGCCAGAAAAAAGGAGGAAAGAAAAAGGAUAAAAAAAAUCUUAAGGGAGCCAAAGCCGAGGAAGGCAAAAAGGACGGCGUUAAAAAGGAUGUAGCCAAAAAGGAUGCAGGCAAAAAGGACGCCGGUAAAAAGGAUGCCGGUAAAAAGGAUGGUGCCAAAAAGGAGGUAGCCAAGAAAGACGCAGGAAAGAAAGCGGCAACCGGAUCCGCGGCUGCAAGCAAAGUCAAAGAGGAGAAGCAGUCCAAGCAGGAGAGCAAAGCGGUGAAGGUGGACAAGAAGGCCCCCGCCAAGCCGCAGAAGGAGGACGCCAAGGGUGGCAAGAAGAAGAAGUGAAAAAUUAACGCACGUUAUGUGUGCGUGUAGCUGUGCCCGCGGGAGGAGGGUAGCCUGCUGAGAGGAGGCAGCGCGGGAAGGGGGCCAACUGAGAGAAAACCGGUGAAGGUAAAAUGGGAGUUAAAAGCUGUGGAUGAUAAAAUGGCAGUUAAACGUGGGGAUGAUAAAAUGGCAAUUAAACGUGGGAAUUAUAAUGGUGGUGCCAUCCCCCCCAUCGAAGCACCCACGGUCGAUGGCGAAAUUGUUCCAAAAGGACCACUGCCUGCGAAGCUCAAUAUGUAUACGUGGAUCCCCCCCUCUGCGGCUCCCUUACGUCCGCACCGCUUAGGAACAAGCGCCGCGAGGAAAAAAAAAAAAAAAAAGCGAAAUGGGCAAAAGGGCAAAGCACGCAUAUGUUGCGCUUGCAUAUGCGUACGCCAUAUCUGCAAUACACCUGCGCGCAGCUUUCCUCCAGCCCACCGCCCCCAAUGUGCAGUAACGCCCCUCCACGCGACCUUCAAUUUUUACUCACCAUUUUUAUGCUAACUUUUUCGCAAACUUUCCACAUAUCGGAGAUGUUGUAUAUAUGUGCCGUAUAUACCCUUACAGUAUGUAUUACCUUGCCUUUUAAUUUU